AUGAUGAUUCUGGGACCGCGAUCCCCUCGAAAACACCAGAUUCACCUGCACCUGGAGGGAAAACAAAAGACACCCAGUCGGCACCACACGCACCCUCUGCACCGGCGGAGGCGGAGGGAACCGAGCGCAGCCCGAACCCCGAAGAAAGCGCCGUGGCGGACGUCAGCCCCCGAACCGAAGACGAGGGGCUCCCCGUGGCCUCGCCAGCCCCGCAAACCCAGCCACCUCCACAGUUCGGCCGCUUCCCGUCCCCAUUGUCGGGACCCGACGGAGUUUCCCGUCUCCGACAAUGACGCCAUUUCUGUCAGAGAAGAAACUCACAACAAGCCCGGGGGCCGGCGCAGGGCCGGCUGUCCUCCCCGAGGGCCUCCGGGCCCGGCCGAGCGGGUCGGCGCCCCAGAGGGUCGCGCAGCCCCGCUUCCGAGCCGGAGCAGGCCCGGGCCCGAGGGGCCCCGGGUGGGGGCGGCGGAGAGGCCAGGCGGGCCGGAGGGCCGCGGGCAGGACCGACCCGCCGCUCAGCCGCUGCCCACGUCCCGCUCCGAGGCGGAGACCAGACAAGUGCGAGUGGGAUCCCCGGCUCCCGGGCCGCGAGGGCCGCCAGAGGACCGGGGGGCCGGGAGCAGACACUGCCCCCCGCGCCGGCCCGGGCCCCCCACCGCGGUCCAGAGCCGCUAA